CCCGCGCGGCGGGUCACGUGAGGCGGCGGGUCACGUGAGCGCCCCGCGCCGCCGCCAUGUCGUCGUUCCCCGAGCUGUACUUCAACGUCGACAACGGCUACCUGGAGGGGCUGGUGCGCGGCUUCAAGGCCGGCGUGCUGCGGCAGGGCGACUACGUCAACCUGGUGCAGUGCGAGAGCCUGGAGGACUUGAAGCUGCACCUGCAGAGCACAGACUAUGGCAACUUCCUGGCCAACGAGGCCUCCCCCCUCACCGUCUCGGUGAUCGACGACAAGCUGAAGGAGAAGAUGGUGGUGGAGUUCCGCCACAUGCGCAACCACGCCUACGAGCCGCUGGCCAGCUUCCUCGACUUCAUCACGUACAGCUACAUGAUUGACAAUGUCAUCCUGCUCAUCACGGGCACCCUGCACCAGAGGGCCAUCUCUGAGCUGGUGCCCAAGUGCCACCCCCUGGGCAGCUUCGAGCAGAUGGAGGCUGUGAACAUCGCCCAGACGCCGGCGGAGCUCUACAAUGCCAUCCUGGUGGACACCCCCCUGGCUGCUUUCUUCCAAGACUGCAUCUCUGAGCAGGACCUGGAUGAAAUGAACAUUGAGAUCAUUCGAAACACACUCUACAAGGCUUACCUGGAGUCCUUCUACAAGUUCUGCAAGGUGCUGGGAGGUACCACGGCCGAUGCCAUGUGCCCGAUCCUGGAGUUCGAAGCUGACCGGAGAGCCUUCAUCAUCACCAUCAACUCCUUUGGCACUGAGCUGUCCAAGGAGGACAGAGCCAAGCUCUUCCCACACUGUGGCAAGCUCUACCCUGAGGGCCUGGCCCAGCUGGCCAGGGCAGAUGACUAUGAACAAGUCAAAAACGUUGCUGACUACUACCCUGAGUACAAGCUGCUCUUCGAAGGGGCUGGCAGCAACCCUGGGGACAAGACCCUUGAAGACAGGUUCUUCGAGCACGAGGUGAAGCUGAACAAGCUGGCCUUCCUCAACCAGUUCCACUUCGGGGUCUUCUACGCCUUCGUGAAGCUGAAGGAGCAGGAGUGCCGCAACAUCGUCUGGAUCGCCGAGUGCAUCGCCCAGCGCCACCGCGCCAAGAUCGACAACUACAUCCCCAUCUUCUGAGCCCUGCCCCGGCUCCCAGCCCCCUGCCUGCAGCCCAGGCCACCCCCUCUC